AGUUAAGGCAGUUGCAGAAGCCUCGGAGAGGGUUAUUCUGUAAUGCUCAGAGGCAGAGAGGGUUAGCGCAGGGAUCAAUGUGAUUAAAACAGCAGUGGGAAGAUGUGCUUGCUUGCUGCCUGUUGGAUGGAGAGAGGUGGAGAAGGAGGCUUGACUCUUAAGUCUGAUUAUUAUUAUUACUACCACCGUUGCAGAUCAUCUUUAUUUUUUCUUUUUCUUUUUUAGUAAUGUGGUGAUUUUUUUGAAGCAAUUAUCUGUGAUUUGCAUUUUCUCUACACUUCGUUUUCCGCAACUGCAGUUCGUUUAUUUGGGAAUCGCUUUGUGCAUGAAAUAAUAAAUCACCUGUGUCAAACCGCCUGGAACUGCCUCCUCUUUAAAACCUGCUUCCUGAGUCAGAAACACACCUGGGCUUUCCGGCAGAGCAAGCCGCCUCCUAUCAUCUCCCGAGCAUCUUUUCUGAAGCAGGCAGGAGUAAAGCAGGAGAGAAGAGAGAGAGAUCAGGAGCGGAGCAGAGUUAGAUCACAGCUCUGUAGAAGACAAUCAGAGACGCACAUACAUUCUCCGGAGCGCACAGAGAGAGGAGGGGAGACUCGCAGACAGCGCUGCCAGCCAAAGCUGGACUGAUUUCCCCGUAGCUUACAGCUUUGUAACCUUACAAGUAGCACACUGAGGGGAAAAAGAAGAAAGGGGGGAAAAAAGACGAAAAUCUGCAGCACCCAGGCAACACAACAAACGAACAACUAUUCAAAUUCAAGUCGGUAUUUAAUUAACGAGGAUAAAGUGUGCAGAGGAAAAAAAAUAUAUAUUAAUAUUAAAAUAAAAAAAAACCUUAUUGGGAGGAUUGAAAGGCGCAGGGCAUGUGGAUAUUGGCUAUUAUCUUUUUCCAGAGCAUCUUGAAUGUUUUCAGUGAAGAUCUACGUUCCAGCUUAUAUUUUGUCAAUGCAUCUCUGCAAGAGGUAGUUUUUGCUAUCAAUAAAGGGACUAUGGUGCCAUGUCCUGCAGCAGGGAUCCCUCCGGUAAUGCUGCGAUGGUACCUUGCCACAGGCGAGGAGAUCUACGAUGUCCCAGGGAUCCGCCACGUCCAUUCCAAUGGCACUCUCCAAAUCUUCCCCUCCUCUCCUGCAAGCUUUAGUAACUUAAUCCAUGAUAAUACUUACUAUUGCACAGCUGAAAAUCCUUCAGGGAAAAUUAGAAGCCAGGAUGUCCAUAUUAAGGCCGUUUUACGGGAGCCGUAUUCAAUCAGAGUGGAGGACCAGAAAGCCAUGAGAGGCGAUGUAGCGGUCUUCAAGUGCAUUAUCCCAGCUUCUGUUGUGGCUUAUGUCACUGUUGUGUCUUGGGAGAAAGACACAGUCUCACUUGUCUCAGGAUUAAGAUUUAUCAUUACAUCCACUGGAGCCUUGUAUAUACUGGAUGUACAGAAUGAAGACGGAUUGUAUAACUACCGUUGUGUCACAAAACACAAAUACACAGAAGAAACUAGACUAAGCAAUGGUGCUCGUCUUUUUGUUUCAGACCCUGUAAAUUCAAAGCCAACUAUUCUUGAUGGAUUUGACCAUCGUGAAACCAUGGCCUCACAAAAGGUGGAACUGCCAUGCAAAGCCUCAGGACACCCAUCCCCUAAGUAUCGUUGGCUAAAGGACAAAAUUCCUCUGGAGCCAGACAGUAGGUUUCAACAAACAAACACAGGACUACUGAUUGAAAACACACGGCCAACAGACACUGGAAGCUAUAUGUGUGAAGUGUGGAAUCACUAUGGGAGCACUGAGCUUGUUGGUCAUCUCAACGUAAAACAGCUUCUGAGAGCAGUGGUCAGCCCUCGAAAAGUGAAGGGAAGUGUGGGCAGCCAGGUGUCCUUGUCAUGCAGCGUAACAGGAUCUGAUGACUAUGAGCUAUCUUGGUACCGAAAUGGCGAGAUCAUCAACCCUGGGAGCAAUAUACGCAUCCUUGGAAGGAAUCGUGAGAACCUGAUGGUGGAAGGAAUGGCUAAGAGUGAUGGAGGUGCAUUCCAGUGCUUUGCCAGAAAAGGCAAAAUGUCAGCUCAAGAUUUUGUACAGGUCAUUUUAGAAGAUGGAACUCCAAAGAUCACCUCUGCUUUCAGUGAAAAAGUGGUCAGUCCCAAUGAACUGGUAUCUCUUAUGUGCAAUGUGAAAGGAACGCCUCUUCCUACCAUCACAUGGACAUUGGAUGAUGACCCCAUUGUAAAAGAUGGCAACCAUCGAAUCAGCCAGAUCAUCACCUCAGAAGGGAAUGUGCUGAGCUACCUAAACAUCUCCAACACCCAAGUUCGUGAUGGCGGGGUUUACCGAUGUGCUGCAAACAACUCAGCUGGUGUCGUCACGUACCAGGCUCGAAUAAACGUAAGAGGUCCUGCAAGUAUACGACCGAUGAAGAAUAUUACUGCAAUCGCUGGGAGGGACACCUUCAUCCACUGCCGUGUAAUUGGCUACCCCUAUUACUCUAUCAAGUGGUAUAAGAAUUCAAAUCUUAUACCAUUCAAUCACCGUCAGCGUGCCUUUGAGAAUAAUGGCACUCUUAUGCUUUCUGAUGUGCAGAAGGAAAUUGAUGAAGGAGAAUACACAUGCAGUGUCCUCCUUCAACCACAGCUCUUAAUUAGCCAGAGCGUACAUGUUACUGUUAAAGUUCCUCCAUUCAUCCAACCCUUUGAGAUCCAGAGAUUUUCAAUUGGCCAGCGUGUAUUUAUACCAUGUGUAGUUGUCUCAGGGGAUCUGCCAAUCACCAUUACGUGGCAAAAGGAUGGACGGCCAAUGCCAGCCAGUUUAGGUGUUAGCAUUGACAACCUUGACUUCACUAGCUCCUUACGAAUAUCCAAUCUCUCCUUGAUACACAAUGGAAAUUACACCUGCAUUGCCAGGAAUGAUGCUGCAGCAGUUGAACAUCAAAGUCAGUUAAUUGUUAGAGUUCCUCCUAGGUUUGUAGUCCAGCCUGGUGACCAAGAUGGCAUUUAUGGGAAAGCUGUUGUAUUGAACUGUUCUGCUGAAGGCUACCCUGUGCCAACUAUUGUCUGGAAUUUUUCAAAAGGUCCUGAUGUUCCAAUCUUCCAGCCCAUUGCUCUGAAUGGCAGGAUACAACUCCUCGUCAAUGGCUCCUUGUUGAUUAAACAUGUCCUGGAGGAGGAUAGCGGUUAUUAUUUGUGCAAAGUCAGCAAUGAUGUUGGAGCUGAUGUCAGCAAGUCCUUGUACUUCACUGUCAAAAUCCCAGCCAUGGUUACAUCCUAUCCUAACACCACUUUAGCCACUCAAGGCCAGAAAAAAGAAGUAAUUUGUACAGCACAUGGGGAGAAACCCAUCAUUGUCCGUUGGGAGAAGGAGGAUCGCAUCAUUAAUCCUGAGAUGUCUCGCUACAUUGUUACAACCAAAGAAGUUGGCAGUGAAGUGGUUUCAACUCUUCAGAUUUUACCUACCGUCAGAGAAGAUUCUGGAUUUUUUUCCUGCCAUGCCAUCAAUUCCUAUGGAGAAGACAGAGGAAUAAUUCAGUUGACUGUACAAGAACCACCUGAUCCACCUGAGGUUGAGAUCCGCGAAGUUCGGGAGCGCUCCAUUACUUUGCGCUGGACUAUGGGUUUUGAUGGGAAUAGUCCCAUAACUGGUUAUGAUAUUGAAUACAAGAAUAAAACAGACUCUUGGGAUUCAGUUCAAGGAACCAAAGGUGUUUCUCCACAUCUAAACCAAGCCACAAUGAUUGAUCUUCACCCCUCUUCAACCUACAACAUUCGUAUAUAUGCCAAUAACCAAAUUGGGAAGAGCAAAGCAAGCAAUGAACUCACCAUUACUACAGAUGAAGCAGCUCCAGAUGGGCCACCUCAGGAUGUUCAGUUGGAGCCCAUAUCCUCACAAAGCAUUAAAGUGUCAUGGAAGUCUCCCAAGAAGCACCUGCAGAAUGGAAUGAUUCGUCGCUACCAGAUAUGCUACAGAGAAUACAGUACUGGCAGCAAUUUCCAGUUCAAUAUCAUCAAUGUGGAAAGUACAGGAGACAGUGAAGUGUACACACUGGACAACCUGAAGAAGUUUACACAGUAUGGAGUAGUGGUACAGGCCUAUAAUCGAGCUGGUCCAGGACCUUCCUCACAGCAAAUAAUUGCCACUACUUUAGAAGAUGUUCCAAGUCGUCCACCUGAAAAUGUGGUAGCUACAGCCACAUCCUCGGAAACCAUUUCAUUGUCUUGGUCUGUGCCACCAAAGGAGGCUCUUAAUGGCAUUCUACAGGGUUAUAGAGUUAUAUACUGGGCAAAUCUUCCAGAUGGAGAGCUUGGUGAAAUUAAGAAUGUGACGACUUCACAACCAUCGCUGGAACUGGAUGGUCUGGAGAAGUACACAAACUACAGUAUUCAAGUGCUUGCUUUCACUCGGGCAGGGGAUGGAGUUCGUAGUGAACAGAUUUUCACUCGCACCAAAGAGGAUGUUCCUGGCCCAACAGCAGGUGUUAAGGCUGCUGCUGCGACUGCUUCUGUAGUGUACGUCUCCUGGCUGCCACCACUGAAACUGAAUGGCAUCAUUAGAAAAUACACUAUUUUUUGUUCUGAUACCUUCCCCAUGGUAAGCAGCGAAUUUGAAGCAUCUCCAGAUGUCUUCUUUUACCGGGUCCCAAAUCUAAGCCGCAACCGUAAAUACAGCAUUUGGGUGGUGGCAGCAACAGCUGCAGGAAGAGGAAACGCCAGUGAAAUUAUUACAGUGGAACCUCAAGCCAAAGCUCCUGCAAGAAUCCUGACAUUUAGUGGCACUGUGACAACCCCCUGGAUGAGAGAUAUUGUCUUACCCUGCAAAGCUGUAGGGGAUCCGUCGCCCACUAUUAAAUGGCAGAAGGAUAGUAAUGGAAGCCCAACUGCAGUUACAAUUGAUGGACGCCGUAGCAUUUAUAGCAAUGGAAGCUUCGUCAUCAGAACGGUUAAAGCAGAAGAUUCUGGGUACUAUUCUUGUGUUGCUAGUAACAACUGGGGUUCUGAUGAAAUUACUCUGAACCUACAAGUUCAAGUUCCACCUGAUCAACCUCGACUUACUGUGUCCAAAACUACUUCAUCCUCAAUCACACUUGCUUGGAUACCUGGUGAUAAUGGAGGAAGCUCUAUUAGAGGUUAUAUCUUACAAUACUCAGAAGACAACAGUGAACAGUGGGGUAGCUUUCCCAUCAGCCCCAGUGAGCGCUCUUAUAGGCUGGAAAACCUAAAGUGUGGCACGUGGUACAAGUUCACAUUAACUGCCCAAAAUGGAGUGGGUCCAGGGCGCAUCAGUGAAAUCAUAGAAGCAAAAACUCAUGGGAAAGAACCACAGUUCUCAAAGGAACAAGAACUAUUUGCAAGUAUCAACACAACUUUGGUCCGAUUGAACUUGAUUGGCUGGAAUGAUGGUGGCUGUCCAAUCACCACUUUUACUCUGGAAUACCGACCUUUGGGUACAACAGUUUGGACCACUGCUCAGCGAACUUCACUUUCAAAGAGCUACAUAUUGAAUGACUUGCAGGAGGCAACUUGGUAUGAACUCCAAAUGAGAGUGUGUAACAGUGCAGGGUGUGCAGAAAAACAGGCAAAGUUUGCAACUUUAAAUUAUGAUGGAAGUACCAUACCACCACUUAUUAAAUCUGAUGUUCAGGGUACAGAAGGCAUGGCAAGCAACGAAGGACUGAAGAUGAUGGUGACAAUUUCCUGCAUUCUGGUGGGCGUUGUUCUUUUGUUUGUGUUGUUGCUUAUCGUCCGACGACGACGAAGGGAACAGAGACUGAAAAGAUUACGAGAUGCUAAAAGCUUGGCUGAGAUGUUAAUGAGCAAAAACACACGGACUUCUGACACCCUAAACAAGCAACAGCAAACACUGCGCAUGCACAUUGACAUCCCUCGGGCUCAACUCCUUAUUGAAGAGCGAGACACCAUGGAAACAAUUGAUGACCGAUCUACAGUUUUGCUGACUGAUGCUGAUUUUGGAGAGACAUCAAAACAGAAAUCAUCCACUGUCACACAUACUGUUCAUUAUCAGUCUCUUUCACAAGCAACUGGACCGCUAGUUGAUGUAUCUGAUGCUCGACCAGGAACUAAUCCUACAGCUCGUCGAAAUGCAAAAACUGGCCCCACUGGUCGAAACAGAUACGCCAGCCAAUGGACACUCAACAGACCCCAUCCAACAAUAUCGGCUCACACUCUUACGACAGACUGGAGGCUGCCUACACCACGUGCUACAGGUUCAGUGGACAAAGAAAGUGACAGCUAUAGUGUCAGCCCUUCACAGGACACAGACCGAGCACGAAGUAGUAUGGUGUCAACUGAGAGUGCUUCCUCUACUUAUGAAGAGCUGGCAAGAGCGUACGAGCACGCCAAAAUGGAAGAACAGCUAAGACAUGCAAAGUUCACAAUUACAGAAUGCUUUAUCUCCGAUACAUCAUCUGAGCAGCUGACAGCAGGAACCAAUGAAUACACGGACAGCCUAACCUCGAGCACCCCCUCAGAAUCAGGGAUCUGCAGGUUUACAGCCUCACCCCCAAAACCUCAGGACGGAGGGAGGGUCAUGAACAUGGCUGUCCCAAAGGCACAUAGACCAGCAGGAGAACUUAUGCAUCUCCCACCCUAUCUCCGAAUGGACUUUUUGCUAAAUCGAGGCAUACCAGGCCCCAGCAGAGACCUCAGUCUUGGCCAGGCAUGUUUGGAACCUCAGAAAAGUCGCACAGUGAAGCGCCCAGCUAUCUUGGAGCCCACUCCUAUGGAGGCGCCCAGCAGAGAAGUCCAGCAGUGGCAACCAGGCACAGCAUCGACUUUACCUCAGCGGGAGGGAGCAGAUCUCGGACAAGCAGCCAAAAUGAGCAGCUCCCAAGAAUCCCUGCUGGACUCACGGGGUCAUUUAAAACAAGGCAACAAUCCCUACGCAAAAUCGUACACUUUGGUAUAACAAAGAGCAUGUUCUGGACUCUGAAGAAAAUUAUAUUUAAAAUAAAAAGGUUGUAAAUAAUAUUUCCAAAUUCCAAAAGGAGAUUUCAGAAAAGUUAAUUUUUUUUAUUAUUAUUAUUAUUCAUUAUUUCAAAUUGAAAGACAAAGAUUGCCAAAAUAAUUUAUUUCAAAUAAGAGAAGAAUACUAUUGUUAUUAUUAUGAAAAGAAGACAGCAACACAAGAACUUAAUUGCUUUCUUUUGUCUGAGUGUGAGCUAUGCGCCGACUGGAUGCCUGUCUGUUUUUCUAUUAAAAAAUUACAAAUAAAAAUAACCAAAAAAAAAAAAAAAACAACUGAAGAAAGAGAAUAAGAAACCAAACUUGACCAGUUAACCAAUCCACAAACUAUUACUUUUUUUUUAUUAUUAUUAUUUUUUGAAGAAAUCUAUGAAUGCAUGGGGACAAAAAGUGGAGAAGGAACUGGAAAUCCAACUGAAAAUUUUGACACACGGUGAUGCAGAAAAUAUAACAAGUUAUUAUAAAACAGAAAAAAAUCACUUUUGUUUGUGGAUAUUACAGGGAAAUUUAUUUGGUAAAUAAAGUCUUUACUCAUGUUUGCACACAUCUUUUUAAAAUAGGAAAUGGAUCUUCUAUCUUAUUUUAUUUGCUAAAAUCACCAGCUUUACAUUUAUAUGUCUGUGUGAGGUGUGUGUGUGUGAUAUAUAUACUGUAGAGAGCUCAUUAUCUGUGUGUGUGUGUGCGUAUGUGUGUGUAUUAAAAAAAAAAAAAAAGAGAGAAUGCCCUCCUGGUGUCUCUUCACACCUGGAAUAAUGCCAAAGAGACUCAAAGAUAUUAAAAUGGGCACAUCUAUUGUCCAGAAUAAAGCAUGCAAAAUGGAGGAAUAAGCAAAGGGAGAAUGAAAAAUAUGAAAUGAAACUGGUAGAAAAGAAAACCUCAUCUCCUUCUCAUAUCCAUCUAUCAUAGGUUUUCUCAUGCUGUCAACCAACUGGUGUGGUCCUUCAUGCUACUCCUCUCCCUAUUACCAUCCCAAAGUACUCUCUCCAAUAAAUUUCCAUCCCCAGGUUCUCCUCUUCUCUCCAGACCUGAGAGUAGCAUUGAUCUGAAAUGGCUUUCAAUUCUGCUCUUUGAAGCCACUUCUAAGCCAAACUCUGGAAAACACUUGUAGGACCAGGAUAUCCUGCUUUGGCUAUAGGAACUUUUGGAUGCCCCAGUCCUCUACCCUAUGUACUCUCACUUGGUCACCACAUGCGCUUUAAAGUGGCAAUCACAGUCCCAUGCAUCUGAGUCGAUGAACAUAGUCCCCUAGUAGACAGGCAAGAGAAUAUGGGCCUCUUUCCAGUCCUCUCUAAUCUCAACAUUACUUACUUCUUUAAAUAGUCUGGGUAGCAAUCAUGUGUCGCCACCUACUGACAAGGAAGUCUUGUAAUCUUUCACCAACAAAUAUACAGCAUCCUCUGCUCUCUGGGGCUCUUUAGCUGUUCAGGCAUCUGGUAUGUCUGGAAAUUUGAUCUGAUUCCUCCCAUCCCUUCUCUUGCGUUUCUUGUGGUUUUAGUUCCAGGGCUCUACACUUGGCUUGCAAUGCUGCAGUGUCACAGUCCCAUUGUAAUUUUGUGUUUCCUUGGAGGUAUUUUGUAAGAUUUUCAUUGUUCCCUUUGCCAGACAGACAAUCCUUCACUAUAUAUAUGUAUAUAUGUGUGUG